AUCAAGCUGGAUAUUUCCUCUGCCCGAAGAUGUACAGGAUUCAAGACAGCAGGUCCCACGGAUGUAACUUUCUGUCACACUUGUGUGAUAUCUACUCUUUUUUGGACGUGCAGUAGCUGAAAGUGAAGUUUUUGUUUGUUUGUCACUCUCUCGCUCUCCUGGAGAGCAGAGGAGCUCCCCCGGUCUCCCAUUUGGAGUUAGGGAAAGAAGGAAAAAAAAGAAAAGAAAAGAGGAAGAAAAAACGUAGCUUGACCCCAUCCAUGCUCGGCUCGGCGGGGACAAGAUCCACGGGGAUGUGAGUUUGUUCAGCCCGGGUCGGAUUAAACAGGAGCUCAGGAGACGUGAAAGUGAGAUUACUCAACGAGGAAGUUACAAAGAAAACAAAACAGAAAAGGCAAGAGGUGGAUUUUUUUCUGGAACCGAAGUUAUGAAAAUGACCGGAGCAAUGGAAACUUCUUUCAAACAGGCUUUGAAGAAACCGCCCUCACUGCGGACAGCAGAGGACCUACACACCAUCUACUGCCACCUCUAUCACAUGGACGUCCUCUCUCACCUCAGGGAACAUCAGUUAAGAUCGAUGUGUACCUCGGUCAGGUAUGAGAGACAUGAAGCUAACCACAUCGUGUUCUACCCAGACAGCAUCGCUACCUGUUGGUACAUCCUGCUCUCUGGAUCAGUCUUCGUCAAGGAGCACAUGUACCUGGCGAGGUGCUGUUUUGGAAAGCAGCUGGGGGGCAGACGAGGCUGUGAAUGCAUCACUUUGGAGCCGUCAGAAAUGAUUGUGGUGGAUAACGGCAGCGAGGGGGACGACAGCUUCCUGCAGAGAGAGGGAUCCCAGCGGAGGUCCAGGCGGCGCUUUAGGAGGGUCAACCCCAGGGGAGAGCGGGAACUCAUCACAGACGGCCAAGAACCCGCCAGCUACAACACGGAUUAUGUCAACAACCAGCUUCCUGCUGACCUCAAUAAGAUGCACCUAACAGACCACGCCCACCAGCAGGUGAUGCACAUGCCUCCAAGCCAAUCAGGAUGCAGCAUCGCCAGCGACUCGGGGAGCAGCAGCCUAUCAGAUAUUUACCAGGCCACAGAGAGCGAGCUAGGAGAUGUGGACCUGUCUGGACUUCCGGAGGCUGCGGUGGACAGCGAGGAAGAGGAGGAGGAGGAUGAGGACCUUGAGAGAGCUUCGGACACUCUUCUGGGCCGAGACCUGGUCCGAGAGUGUCUUGAAAAAGACCCAGCAGACCGCAAUGACGAUGACAUCGAGCAACUACUGGAGUUCAUGCACCAGCUGCCUGCCUUCGCCAACAUGACCAUGUCUGUACGGAGGGAUUUGUGUAGCGUCAUGGUGUUUGAGGUGGUGGAACAGGCUGGUACAGUUGUACUGCACGACAAACAGGAGUUGGACCUCUGGUAUGUUAUCCUGAACGGCGCAGUGGAGAUCAGCCACCCAGAGGGAAGAGUGGAGACGCUCUGUAUGGGCAACAGUUUCGGCAUCUCACCCUCACUGGACAGGCAAUUCAUGAACGGAGAAGUUCGCACCAAAGGAGACGACUGCCAGUUCGUCUGCAUCGCCCAGGAGGACUACUGGCGUAUCCUCAACCAUGUGGAGAAGAACACACACAAGGUGGAGGAGGAAGGGGAGAUUGUGAUGGUGAAGGAGCAUCGCGAGCUUGAUCGCAGCGGGACCAGGAAGGGACACAUUGUCAUCAAGGGAACCCCCGAGCGUCUGAUCAUGCACCUGGUGGAGGAACCAUCGGUGGUGGACCCCACCUACAUCGAAGACUUCCUGCUGACCUACAGGACUUUCCUGUCAAGUCCCAUGGAGGUCGGCAAGAAACUGCUAGAGUGGUUCCAUAUGGAAAACCUCCGAGACACGGUAACGAGAACAGUGUUGCUGUGGGUCAAUAACCACUUCAAUGAUUUUGAGGGUGACCCGGCAAUGACGCGCUUCCUGGAGGAAUUUGAGAAACAUCUAGAAGUCACAAAAAUGAAGGGCCAUUUGCGGCUGCUGAACAUUGCGUGUGCAGCCAAGGCUAAGUGGAGGCAGAUCACACUGCAGAAGGCAUCCAGGGAGUCACCGCUCUACUUCAGCGUGCAGGGUGGCAGCGAGAGAGGAUUCGGCAUCUUUGUUGAGUCGGCGGAAGAAGGGAGCAAAGCUGCAGAGGCCGGACUCAAACGGGGAGAUCAGAUCAUGGAGAUCAACGGACAGAACUUUGAGAACAUCUCCCUCUCCAAAGCUGUUGACAUCCUGAGAAAUAACACGCACCUCUCCCUCACCGUCAAAACCAACAUAUUUGUCUUCAAAGAGCUCCUCAGCAGGAUCAUGCACGAGAAGAAGAAUGGCGGCCCUCACAUUCCCAAGAUCCAGGAGAAAAAAGGCAAUCGCUUCUCCAUCCCUGACCUUCCUGGAGACAUGGAGUUCCCCACGGACCACAAGGCCACCAGGAAAAUGAAGGCCAACACUGUGUCUGGAGGACGAAAUAAGAUCAGGAAGAUGCUGGAGAAGACACGCUUCAGUAUACUACCACCCAAACCAUUCAGUGAUGCCAGCAUGGGUCAGUCUCAGGAUGACAGCAUUGUGGGUACCAAGCAGUGUCGUCACAGCGUGGCCAUCAUGCCCAUUCCCGGCAACCUGUCAUCCAGCAGUCCUGACCUGCUGCAGCCGGCCACCAGCGUCCUCGAUUUCUCCAACCCUGCAGACAUCCCAGACCAGGUGAUUCGGGUGUUCAAAGCCGACCAGCAGAGCUGCUACAUCAUCAUCAGUAAGGACACAACUGCCAAAGAUGUAGUCGCUCACACUGUCAAUGAGUUCGGCCUCAUCGCAGCACCCGAAACAUACUCCCUGUGUGAGGUAUCGGUUAGCCCAGAGGGAGUCAUAAAACAGCGCCGCCUGCCCGACCAGCUUUCCAAACUGGCUGAUCGGAUUCAGCUUAACGGCAGGUACUACCUGAAGAACAACAUGGAGACGGAGACGUUGUGUUCAGACGACGAUGCCCAGGACCUCCUCAGAGAGAGUCAGAUCUCUCUGCUGCAGCUCAGCACCAUGGAAGUUGCCGCCCAGCUCUCCAUGAGAGACUUUGAGCUCUUCAGGAACAUCGAAUCCACAGAGUACGUGGACGACUUGUUUAAACUUGAGUCCUCAGUGGGAAGUGGCAAUCUGAAACAGUUUGAAGAGGUGAUUAACCAGGAGACCUUCUGGGUCGCCACAGAGAUCCUGAAGGAGCCCAACGCCCUAAAGAGGAUGAAGACCAUUAAACACUUCAUUAAGAUCGCCCUGCACUGCCGAGAGUGCAAGAACUUCAACUCUAUGUUCGCUAUCAUCAGCGGUCUGAACUUGGCACCGGUGGCUCGGCUGCGGAGCUCAUGGGAGAAAUUGCCCAGCAAGUACGAGAAGCUGUUCGGGGACCUGCAGGACGUCUUCGACCCGUCCAGGAACAUGGCCAAAUACCGCAAUGUCCUGAGCAGUCAGAGCAUGCAGCCGCCCAUUAUUCCACUGUUCCCAGUGGUCAAGAAGGACCUCACCUUCUUACAUGAAGGCAAUGACUCCAAUGUGGACGGUCUUGUGAACUUUGAGAAGCUGAGGAUGAUCGCUAAGGAGAUCAGACAUGUGGUGCGGAUGACCUCGGCCAACAUGGACCCAGCCCUCAUGUUCAGACAGAGGAAGAAGAGGUGGAAAAGUUUAGGGUCUCUGAGUCAGGGCAGCACCAACUCCAACAUGUUGGAUGUGCAGGGCGGCGCCCAUAAGAAGCGAGUACGUCGCAGCUCGCUACUCAAUGCCAAGAAGUUGUAUGAAGACGCUCAGAUGGCCAGAAAGGUGAAGCAGUACCUGUCGAACCUGACGGUGGAGAUAGACGAGGAGAAACACCAGAUCAUGUCCCUGCAGUGCGAGCCGGCCUACAGCACCUUGUCAAAGAACUUGAGUGAGAGACGAUCCACCAAGUCAGACAUGUCUCCGGUGUCUCUGCGGUCGGCUCUGCCCUCCGGAAAAACCCAAAACAGGGUGUCACAAGUCCUCCAGGUACAGGUCCCACUGAACCCUCUACGAAAGAAGAGCACUGCCAAGGACAUUGGCACACCGAACUCUAAUUCUCCCCAGGUGGUGAAGAAACCUCCAGUUAGUUCAGCAGACGAGUGGAGCAACAAGAGACCAUCUGAUGACACUGUUUCCACCAUCUCUUCCCUUCACUCCAGCCCCACGGUGUCACCGCAGGGCUCUCCACGUAAAGUGGGAGGUGUUGCCAAGUCCCACAACUCCAGCCAGAUGAACUUGUCGGGAUCUUCAUCGUCACUGACCAGCGACGCCAGUACGAAGGCCGGCACCGCCAGCCUGCGCAGCUACGGCAUAGGUUACACCGUCCUACCAGCUAGUAAAGCAGACAACCUUUCAGACUCGAGUCACAGCGAGAUCUCCUCCCGCUCCAGUAUCUGUUCAGUGGACUCCGUGCCCGCCCCCGGCCUCGACGACCGGUGUAAUAGCAGCAACAGGACCUGUACUACUACCGCUACUGUUUCCUCGACUACUACUACUGCGACUACACCAGCUGUGCCAGUUGUUGAGAGCAUGCCAGCAACUCACUCACACUUGAAUGUUGAUUACAACCAACCCGGCACAAGUUCUUCAGCGUUGGCUCGAGGCUACGUGUCCCGAGCCUCUACCUUCACCUCCUCCAUCUCCACGGAGGAGCUGAUCCAGGACCACACCUCUCUGGACUCAGUGGCCGACAGCGGCCGCGGCAGCUGGACGUCCUGCUCCUCCAACUCCCACGACUCCUUCCAGAGUUUGCCCCCUUCCUCCUGCCGGCCCUGGGACCACGGCAUCCACGGACACCCGCUCGCCCUCCCGCACACGCACCUGGGCGCCUUCAAGCACACGCAGCUGGCCGGGCCAAUAGCGGAGGUGGAGGCGGCGGGUCACGCGUGGGCGAACGAGGACCCAGCAAAGAAACACUCUAGAGACUCCAGCUCAGAUCUGUCCAAUCAGUCGCGGCAGAGCUGGGCGUCGUCCAGCUCGCUGUCGGACACCUACGAGGGGAAUUACGGCACGAUAAAGCGGCGAAACACCUCGGAGCACCCUUCCUCACCAAGCAACGAGGAAGGAGGGCCAAGCACAGACCCUGCCUACAAAACGGUGACAUCAAGCACAGAGAAGGGCCUGAUAGUGUACUGUGUCACAUCCCCUGCCAAGGAUGAGCGUUACCGAGCUCCCCCUCCCACCCCUCCAGGCUACCAGGGUCUGGCUCUGGGGGAUCUCGGCAUCACCGACGGAGUAGUAGGUGUGCCAGGAGGCCUCCCCCGGCCUCCCCACCUCAGACCUCCAGACUACAGCGUGGCCCUGCAGAGGAGCAAACUGCUGCAAAGCCCGGGAGCAGCCGGAGGUCUUGCUGAUGCUCGGAGGCUCGCCGGCAACCAUCUCCUCCACCACCAAGAGGCCCGGACAGGCGGCUCCACACAGGGCCAGGGUCACUCUAGACCGCCCAGCAUGUGCCUCCCACCACAGGAGCUGGCUGACAGUGAGGAUGAUGAACAAGUGUCGGCAGUGUAGAAGCGGUGAUGUCACUCUCGCACACAUGCACACAUAUUUUCACACAUGGACCAAGUCGUGUUGAUCAGGCUUUGGACUAAGCUAGCAGCCUGCCAUCGUCACGCACCAGAGCACAUUCUCCAGGCCCCCGCCCACAGCCCUGUGUGACAUCACCGCAGACAAUAAUGCACCUCUGGACCAGUCCUGUGGGUCAUGUGACGUCUUUGCACCUCCCAGGACUCGUACACUCAUUUCUCUGUAAACUCAUUUCAUUUAAAAAAAAAACAGAAGAAAAGACCGGUUUUACAAACUUUUUAAAGACUUAUCAGAAAAGGUGAUGUGAUGGACUCACAUCACCAAAGACUGAAAAAGAAAAUCUAUGAAAAAAGGACAAACGAAACAAGGAAAGAGUGACGAUAAUGAUGCCUCAUGAGAAUAAGUCAGCCUCCUUGGAAACAGACCACCAUGUACCUCCAUUUUGUGCUCCAAGCUCUCUUGUCUUGUCUAACAGUGUGUCACAAAGUUUUUACAGUUUUAAAAUAUUGUACAGUGAUUUUUUUUUUUUU